AUGAUAGCCUUGUGCGCCGUCCUCUGUGGAGCAGACAACUGGGUGGAGAUCGAGGAGUUUGGCAAGGCCAAGCGGGAAUGGUUUGACCGGUUUCUGAAGCUGCCCAACGGGAUUCCCUCUCACGACACCUUUGGUCGGGUAUUCGGCAUGCUGGACCCGGAACAGUUUGCUGCCUGUUUCAGCCAGUGGGUGGCUUCGGUGAGCCAACUGGUCCAGGGAGAAGUGGUGGCCAUUGAUGGCAAGACCCUGCGAGGUUGCCAUGACCGGAGCAAUGGCCGAGGGGCCCUGCACCUGGUGAGUGCCUGGGCCACCGAGAACCGGAUGGUAUUGGGUCAGACCCCCACGGCAGCCCAUUCCAACGAGAUCACGGCGAUUCCGGAACUGCUGCAACUGCUGGAUUUACCGGGAUGUCUGGUCACCAUUGACGCCAUGGGGUGUCAGAAGAACAUCGCCCAGCAGAUUGUGGACGGCGGGGCCGAGUACCUGCUGGCGGUGAAGGCCAACCAGGGAGAACUGCACCAGAACAUCAAGGACGUAUUUGCGUGCUGGGAGCGGGAAGGCUUCGACCAAGUGGCCCAUAGCUUCCAGGAACAGGUGGGUCGGGACCAUGGUCGUGGAGAGCGGCGGCGCUGCUGGGUGAUUACUGACCCCGAAGAACUGGCCUAUGUGGACCCCACUGGACAGUGGGCCAAGCUGAGCGGAGUGGCGAGGAUCAGCUAUCGUAGAGAAUACUGUAAAGAAUCUGACGGGAAAGAAUCUGACGGGAAGGCACCGGAGGAAGCAGCAGACGAAGUCCGCUACUACACCUGCAGCCACCCAACCUAG